AAUGACUUCACACAACAGACUUUUCUACUCAUUUGUCCCAGCAGAAUUCAUGGAAAGUUAUUAUGUUUUUCCUGGAAAGCCACUCAUCUUUUAUUGAUAUAGAUAGGACUCUGAAUAAGAUGUUCAACAUUAUAAUCAAUGGCAUGGAGAUCAUCUGGAGAACAACUCUUUCAACACUAAUGCUUUUUUUCUUCUUGAGAUAUUUCGAUAAUCCUCCAACUCCACCAAACCCUCUCCUUUUUUUCUUCUUCCUCAGUUUGAUCCUUUUCUUGUUUAUCAUCCAUAGUAAUCGCUUUGUUAAUAAAGAAGCCCAAGAUUUUAAUGUUCUGUGCACGUCUGAAGAAGACAGUACUACGCUUGAUAAUUACACCAUAGACAAGAACAAAGAUUGUUGUUCUCUCACAAACUAUUACUAUGGUAAUGAUGUUGAUCUUUUUAGCUAUUAUGGUGGUUUUCAUGAAUUUGAUUAUGAAGGCGAUAUAUGGAAUGAUGAUGAAGAUUAUAGCCAGUGGAAUGAAGAUGAUAGUGAUGAUGGUAUUGAAAACCAUGAUGAUGAUGAUCGUGAGCAGGGUGAUGAUGAUGAUGAUACCUUGACGAAUAGGAUUGAAGAUUACAUUGCAAGAGUUUACAAUGGAUGGAGAGCAGAGAAACUGUUUGUUUGAUGUUUUCAUUAAUCUUGUUUUACUUUCUCCCUGUUAUGAAGAAAUUGUUGUGGUGUGGUACUUAAGUUUGGUUGUUAGACAGUGACGUGAUUCAAUCUUGGUUUCAUGACUCUGGUUCUUUGAGUUCUGAACACUUAAAUUGCGCCAAUCGAGUGUUUAGUAGACACAAAUGAUGAUCGAAUAUAUACAAAUCUAUCUCAAUGUAACAUGAGCGCGUAAGGAUAACCAACUGAGUUUUAAAAUUAAUCAAUAAAUCGGUCAAAACUCCAAAUUUCUCCAGCAGAUCCAGGCAAAUAAAAUAACCGAGUAAACAGUCUUUGAAGAAGAACAGAGUAGAACCCCUCUGUUUUAUGUUUUUGUAACGAAAAUUUGAGUACCAGUUUUAUAUAAUUAGGGAUGAAUGAUCAACACAUAAGUAAUGAAACUGGAAAAUAAAAAUAAAAACCACGGCUGACUUUCAUUUCAUGAGAUAAUAAGUUAUCGAUAUCACACACACAUACAUAUCAAUGUCGGAACGGUAACAAAAAAAACGUUACACUUAUUUCAACAAACCAAAUGCAAUUUUAAAGGCAAAACAACUUGUAGAACAACACUGGUUUGUACGAAAAAAAGUACUUGUCCAAUCGCCAGUCCAAACAAGACUCCAGGGCCAUAGCCUAUUGCCGCUGCUUUCCAGUUCAACACUUGUUCUUGCUUUGGAGACUUUUACUUUUGUAUUUAUUAUUUUAUACAUUUUUUGGCGUACAAACAACCAAACCAAACAUAGUGAAACAUGCAGUCUAAUAUAAAUUUGCUACAAACACGUAAUGAUUAGUCAGUGAUAUUAUGUAUAAUAUUGUAUUAUAAAAACAAAUUUAAGUGUUGGCACGAAUAAACUAAAGAGAAUUGAGUUGUACACAAUCAUUGAGUUAUGAACUGAUUUAAGUUUUGUCUGUCUAAAAAACGAAUCAAUAAUUAAAACAUAAUUUCUGUCAUGAUUUAGGUCUAAAUCUGGUAAUAUGCUGGCAUGUAUGUAAGCGAUAACAUAAAAACAAUUGAUAUGAAAACUGAAAGCCGCUUUGGUGUUUUACUCCAACAGUACUUUGUAAAUGUACUAGAAAAUGUGCCUUCUACUCAAUAUUAGAAAGUGUGCCUUGUUUCUCAAUACUAGAAAAUGCGCCUUGUUUAUUCAAAGUUCUAACCAAUGAAUAAUACGAAUUGUUUUUUAAUUCAAAAGCAAAAAAAAAACUACGAACAAUUGAAUUUGAUUAUGUAUUACAUAACAUCCAUUGACACAUUCAGUAACAUGAUUGCUUAACUUAAACUACCAAAACUAACAAUGACUAGCAUCUAAAAACAACAAAGAUGUUACCCAAAUGUUUUCCUUAUAAAAAAAUUCACUAAGAAUAUCUCCAAAAAACACUUUAUAACUUCAAAUAUGAAGAUUUUUCUCUCAAAAAAAAAUUGAAAACUUCAGAAUGAGACACUAUAUUUGAAAUUUCACUACUCAAAAUUUCAAAUUUGAAGUUUCAUAUUUUUGUUUGCAUUUUGUUUCAUACAAUUACACAUCACAUUUAUAGUUCUCAAAUAUUUUUCCGUUUAUCGUUUUAAUCCUCAAAAUUGUAUAUCUCAAAAAUAUUUCAAUUUUUUUUAUAAAUUAAAGUUUUACGCAUAAAAUUAAAUAAAAUUUUAAAAUAACAUUUAAAAUAUAUAAAACUAUAUUUAGACAAUAACAAUACACAAAAGAAACUUAACAAAAAAAAGCUUUUAAAAAUUACAUGAAGACAUAACUAUUACACAAAUUUGAAUAUUUCAACAAUACUAAUAGUCAGGUAAAUUUGAUCUGGAACCUCCAAAAUCU